CAGGUCCAUAUAAUACAUUUUAUUGUUAUUUGAAUGUAAAUUGUGCAUACAGUUAUACAUUCAAGAAAAAAAAAAAAGAAACUUCAAAUUAGGGUUUUUCCAUUUGCCCCUCUUCGAAAGGCACCAAAUCAAGUAAUGUUUUAAUUCGCAGAGUUUAAAGAUAAUUGCCCUAUGCGUAGCAUAUCUAACAAAUGGGAACAUUGAUCAGUAAAAUCUAAGACAUAUCCUAUUACCGGCAUUAAGCCAAGAAACGACUCCAGUCUAGAAUCUUUCAGAGGUACCCAGCUCACUUUUAAAAAAAAUUUUCUAGGGACAACUCUAAUGGCUAAAGAACUUGACGUAUCAACAUUGAAUGAAAUCCAAAAUGACUGUGUCGUUCCUUGAAUUAUUUGGUAAUGUUGUUUCAGAUGUCAAUGUAUAUAAAAUGGCAACAUUUGAAUCGAACAAAGUCUUCAUUAUUCUCUUUUCUUUUUAUAUACACACCUCUACUUUAUAAUAUGGUCAAGUUCGUCACUCUUCUCGCUGCUCUUGCUGGCAUGAGCGCUUCUGUUAUGGCUGCCCCUACAAGCGGUACUAAUGCCGGUGUUACUAUCACUGUCAAGAACAGCUGUAGUAAGAGUAUUCAAGUUAACCAAUUGACCAACGACGCUUCUGACCAAAAGGCUACUUCUUUGGCUGCUGGCAGCUCUACUCAAAUCAAUGUUCCUUCCAACUGGGGUGGCAGAAUCUGGGCUAGAGAAGGCUGUUCUGGUAGUUCUGACUGCAAUCCUGGUGCUCCCGCCUCUCUUGCUGAACUUCUCUUCAAGGGUGCUGCUGGUAAAGACUACUACGACGUCUCCUUUGUCGACGGUUACAACUUGCCCAUUUCUAUCUCUCCUAACAGUGGUAAAGCUGAUGGUUACGAAUGUGGUGUUCCUGCCUGUAGCAGCUUGCCCGACUGUCCCUCUGAACUCCAAGACAAAGAUUCUAAUGGUAAUGUCAUUGGCUGCAAGUCUGCUUGUGCUGCUUUUGGUACUGGUGAAUACUGCUGUACUGGUGACGCUUCUGAACGUGGCAAGUGUGCUGCUAGCAAGUACUCUAUUCCUGUCAAGGAAUCUUGUCCUGAUGUCUACACUUAUGCUUAUGAUGACAGCACUUCCAUGUUUUCCUGCUCUUCUAGCGGCUACAAUUUAGACAAAAAGUAUGAAGGUUGAUCUUUUAUACAUUUUUAGCUUUGUAAUUAUCCUUAUAGACUCUUUAGAAUUAGAAUAUUCAUUUUGAUAAUGAAA